AACACGAUUCGCUCAAGGCGUGACGACCGAAGCGCGUUCACGUGGCGGGGUAAUACAGCAUCAUCAAAACACUGAAACACACCUCCAUCCAGACAGCUCAGCUCCUAGCCGGAAUAAACAAAAACACAAAGUAAAGACAAACGAAGGAGAAGAAUAUUGCGCGCUCGAAAGCUUUUAAUUUUUAUUUUUAUUUUUUGCAUCCAUCCGGAGCAGGAUUGGGGGAAUUUUUCCGUGUCGACUACCCGGUGGUUCUCUACACACACACACACAAACACACACCUACCUUGUGCCUUUGAGAAGAAAAAAAAAACACACACACAGCGGGGAAGGAGACGGGGAUCAUCUGAGAGGCGGCUGUCUAGAGAGGAGGUGGAGGACAAUGGAGGGGAUGCAGGCAUACGGAGCCGGGAAAGCCGGGGGAGCCUUCGACCCUGUCACCUUCCUCCAGCAGCCUCAGACCAUUCUCCGCAUCGUGUCUUGGCUCUUCUCCAUCGUGAUCUUCGGCUGCAUCGCCAACGAGGGCUACAUCAACCGGCCCAACGAAGUGGAGGAGUACUGCAUCUUCAACCGCAACCAGAACGCCUGUAACUACGGCGUGUUCAUGGGCUCCAUGGCCUUUCUCUGCUGCGUCGCCUUCCUGGCCCUGGACGUCUACUUCCCUCAGAUCAGCAGCGUUAAAGAUCGGAAGAAGGCCGUGCUGGCUGACAUCGGGAUUUCAGCGUUUUGGUCGUUCAUGUGGUUUGUGGGUUUCUGCUUUUUGGCCAAUCAGUGGCAGGUGAGCAAGCAAGAGGACAACCCCCUGAGAGAGGGAGGCGACGCUGCUCGGGCGGCCAUCACCUUCUCCUUUUUCUCAAUCUUCACCUGGGUGGGCCAAUCGUUCCUCGCCUUCCAGAGAUACAAGCUGGGGGCCGACUCCGCCCUCUUCUCCCACGAAUACACCGACCCCAGCCAGGAUGCGGCCGGAGCGCCCUACACAUCCUUCGGAGGGGACGACUUGGAGAGCCCGGGCGGCGGAGGUGGCCAAACCAACAGCGACGGGCCCUUCGAUGGCUCCGGAGGCUACCAGCGCCAAGACUACUGAGACGUCGAGGUUCAGAUGUGCUUUGGGCUUGAGAUGUUGUUGCCCAAACAGAAAAAGGAGAGAAAAAUUCUAAUUUGAAUGAAUAUUUUUGUUGUUUUCUGUCACUGAAAACCACUGCCUCAAACCGACCCUGGCUACGGGUCUCUAAUAAUCGGAGUUCACGCAGUUCUGAUGGGCUGUUUUAGACCGAUGUUUGACACAACGGCUGAAAGUUGACAUGGUAACUCAGACACGUGGGUUAAGAUCUGUAACAUAUUGUCUCAAAGAAUUAAUAUUGUGAGAGAACCAUAUUCUCUACCUUUUGUAGAAAAUAUGUAGAGAUCUAUAGAGAUUUUCUAGCAAAGGUAGAAACUAUGACACCAAUGAGAGGAACAGUUUGUACCAAUUACUUUUUCUGACUUUAUUGUGUUGCUUGAAGCUCUCUCCAUGUUUGGAUUUAUCUCUAGAAUAUGUUAACACGUAUUAGCGCCCCUGGUCAAGAUGCUUUAAAAAGCCUUAAAAUAAGUCACUAACUCCAAGAUGCACUUGUUUUUGUUGCAUAUUGGCAACCGUGGAGCACUGUUUUUUUUUUCCUCCCUUACUGUCAUGGUUGCUGUGCAUGGUGGUAAAAUGGAGUUGGGAUUAACCUUUUGUUCCUAUUUUAAACCUUUUAAUUGUUACUCUGACGGUAGACACGGCCAAGUCCAAACUGGAAUCUGACAGUGAAUCUGAGAAGGAUGUUAAAAUUAGGGUGAUGGCAGAGAAUCCGUCCGACCUCAAGUCGUGGAGCUCAUUGUCAGAGAUUAACUGUCAUAAUAUCAGCAGAAAUAUGCAAAAAUGUCAUCAGCAAUUACAAGAGGGGUGAGUCCAGCAAUGCCAUUCAAAGUUCGCUGAUUAUUAAGGAGGGUACAAAUAAUUUUUGACAAUUGACACAUAAACAAAGACAGAUAAUUCAUAUUUUUCGAAAGUCGUACUCCUUUUGUAAUGUAUGAUCUUUUUAAGGAAACUUUUCUGUUUUCUUUCCUAUCAGGAACAAACCUUUAAGUUGAAUGUAGAACGAUUAUGGCUAAUUAUUGGCGUAACUGUACUUCUUUAAAUAAGAAGAGUGACAUUAAUUUUCCUUUCAUCAAUGGCAAGUUUUCUUUGCAUUUACACCCAAAAGGCAGGGCUCAGACUCUUCGCAGAAUUACAUUUAAUAGUCCAAUUAUAGUUUAUAUUAUUUAUUGAAUAACACUUUGAAUUAGGGGUUUUAGAAUGUGACAGCCGUAAACAAAGAGUUGAAACUGGAUAAUUUCUCUCACUUGCUCAUUUGUUGUUGCCAGUCAGGUAUAGUGUAUGGUGUUUCAAAACAGACUUAGCAGAGUUCAAGAAAAAAAAGUGGAUUUAUUUAAAGAUUUAUUUAAAAGCACCUUCAGAAACCUGCUAAUUACUUGUUGACAUUUAUUUACAAAUGGUGGCGAGGUGAUGAAAACUGAGGAAAAGCUCAGAAAAAGAAGCAGAAAUGAUUAAACUAAAUCAUCAGCAUUGAUGUGUGAAACUAUGAAAAACAUUUCUUCAGCUGCACCGCACUACACUUUACAUUUAGACGUGGUGGCUUUCUUGCUUAUGUUAUUAUGACUAUUAUUAUUAUUAUUAUUAUUAUUAUUUAGAACUAGUAUUUUAGAAGCAAUGUUGUCAUUUUAUAAAUUGGCUCAAAUCUUUGAUGAAUUAAACUACAAAAAACAACAAAAACAAGUGGUGAGAAACAAACUGAGAAUUGGAGUGGCUCUUGGGGGACCCCUGCUGGCUGGAGGCCUUAAGCAGCAAUGAUUUGCUCAUGUCCCUUCCUGUUUGCCCAAGGAAACAGGAAAUAGUGUUUUCCUAACUUAAAGUUCCCAUGUUCCCAAGGAAUUAAGUAUAAAAUGACCAAAGGAAAGGUUAGGGUUCAAAUAAGUGUGGUACUGGUAAUUUUGUACAUAUAUAAAAAGAAUUGAAGGAAUUUAAUUUUCUCUUCUGAAUAAUUAUACCCAUAAAAGGCUGUUUUUUCCCAUUUUGUCUGAGAUGAUACUACUUUAAAAAAAAUUUAUUUAUUUCAGGGCUUUUUAAACAUUUUUUGCCAGGGGUUCCAAUGGAUGCGAAGACACUGCGGUCGUGGUUUACACUUUGGAGACAAAUGUGAUGUGAACAGGUGUGGUAAAAUGUUUUGAAAUACAUGAAUUAGUUGGAUAAAAAUGGUUUGGAAAUGGAGGGAACUAUACAGAGAUUGUGUAGUUAUGGGGAAAUUAUCACCCUUUCAAAAUCAAUACUUCUGAUCACAUUGUUUUCUGCACAGUCAGCUCAGUAACGAAAAUCACUGUUAGCU